AGGUAUAACUAGUUUACCCUGGUUCAGAUCACGUGACCUGUGUCACGUGACCUACGCCUAAGGGGGCCCUCUGCUCCUCCUUUUAAUUGAGCGCAGCGCAAAACCCCGCACAGUUGCAACCGAUACCGUUUUGUUGCGUCAGACUUCUUCCAACUUUUUCUUCUACCAUGUUACUUCAGCAUUCACCGGACUUGAGGUCAGAAUCGAUGAACUUGGCGUGUGCCGGAGUGUUAGCGAACUUGAAACGAGCGGGGGAGUAUUUGGAGGGAUUUGUAGAGGGCUGGAAGGAGCUGAUCAUCCUGCUGGAGCUACACAAGAGAACCACAACCUCUACAUUCGGUACCAGGGACAGUAGAGGUCCCUUCCAUCAGAGCGACUUUGGGUUUGAUGGCACCCGCACCGUUACCCUUGGAAAAGUAAAGUCUCCCAGACUUCUGUGGCAGAGCACGGCUAAUCCCAUGGUACCCUUCGACGGAGUCCCUUUCUUGAUUUGUGGAAGAAAAGUUCUAGAAUGCCAAUACGGACCUAAACGAGAUGCUCGGCGAAGGAAGCCCGAAGAUAAGACAUGUGAAGAUUACUGCAAGCAAAUCGGAACGAGAAUUUCCCGAAAACGAGGCUGUCCAGCCACGAUAACAGUGAGGAGGAUAGUGCGGUUCCCAGACCACGCCCUCUAUCCCGAGGACAUGGCCAAGGGGAAGAGCGACUGGGCUAUCCGGGAGAAGAAAGCUGACAUUCUUUUUAGACUGAAAACUCGACUCCGAAACGGACAGGUGCAGGGUAAGGAGCGGUUCUACGUACAACUGCCCUGUGACGAGGCCCACCUGCUGCAUCCCACCUCCGGGGAGGAAGCCUGCAUGAGUCAGAAACUUCACCCUGCUAUCAUAGAUAAGAUCUACGAGUUAGUAAACAGCGGGUUACAAGAGGUGAACCAGAUCAAGGAGAACCUGCACAGCUUUGUGGAGAGGGAGUUCUCGUUGGGAGCUUCAAAAGAGGAACUGUCAGCUAUCCUGGACCAGAAUAACAGAGCAUACUACCCUACCAGUCACGAUAUUCGCAAUCACAUGUAUCACGCUAACCAGCAACUCCAGAAGAAGAGACGCCCAACCAGUCAGGGUGUGGAGGUGGACUACCCUAAAAAGAGGAGAGCUCUAGUGAGCAGUGGAGACAACGCCCAGGCCUUCACCACCACCGCUCCAGUACCAACAACCCAGGCUGACUUCAACGACAUCUUCAGAAAAGCAGGUCUUGACCCGGCCCUCUCACCAAGCAGCUUGAUAAACUCCAGACCCUACGGAAUAGCGCCCCCGAAGAUGGAGACCAAACCAUUCUCCUACUCCACAGCAGCUACUAAUCCCCUCGAGCAGGCCGGGAUAGAGUCAGGCCUGAUUUUGGACCAGUCGAGAUUGAAACCUGAGCCCAUGUAUCUGGAGAACAACUUCGCGUGCUCCCAACUCAGUGUCCAGUGUUCUGUUAACUCAGACAGUGCCUUUAAGACCUACCACCAGGAACCUAGCAUCAUGCCUACUAUUGGUACGGUGAUAGGAGGAGCUAGUCACCUUGCUGAUUAUGGAGCUCUGGAGUACGCUCAGGCUUACAACCCUGUUACUGCUGGAUACAAUCCUGAUACAAGCUACUACACAGGGAACUACCUGGACGAAACCUCCAGUUACCUAAACACCCUGAACAACACCACCAAUAACUACAUGAACUCACCCACUCUGAGUCACGUGACCACGGAGCCUAUCCAGACCUUCAUCACAGACCCGUUCAGCUCGUGCGCUAAGAGUGGGAUGGGGUCCCCCGCCAGCUACUACAGCAAGACACUGGGUCCUUGUACAGAGGUUAUUAAAGCUAGCAUGGACUUGAUAUGAGCACAUUGAGACUAGAUCUGGUCCUUCAGAUAGCUGCAAGUUCUGGGAUAGAGACUGAACUUAUGUAGAUCUAGCAGACAAGCGGACAUGCGCACUUUCUUCACUCGUCUUCUCAGUUCCAUUCUUUGAGAUUACUUUGGAUAUAUAAAGUAUUUGAUAUUUGAUAUUUAUUCUGGUGCAUUAUGCCGAUUAUUUGAUUAAGAUAUAAUGAAUAAUAUGGUCGAAUUUAAAUGGAUUCUACAAAAUGAGAAUUGUGGUGCACCUCUUGUUAAACCUUCCAUACUUAGUUCACAACAAAACAUGCACAGAAUAUUGGAUUUAGAGUUUCAGUUUUUUAAAUUUGUGAAUGUGAAUUGUUUAUUGAUAUUUAUUUAAAAAACGUUGCAAUGAUAAU